CCCUUCCAUCUUUUUAUCCUCCGAAGAGGAAACAUCAAACAUGUCAGACACCAAGCUGGAACGGCCUGACAGAAAGCUUUCAUGCGAACCUACAUUGGACAAUGAAGCACAGACAACCAUUGUUGGUAACAAACAAGGGGGUUGGAUUACUUUCCCCUUUAUCACAGUUAGCACGUUGGGUUUGACGCUUGCAUCCAGUGGAUGGUUGAGCAACCUCACUGUAUAUCUUAUCCAACAAUUCAACGUCAAGAGCAUCGAUGCAGCCCAAGUCUACAACGUAGUCAGCGGUUGCGCCACUUUGUUCCCCAUUGCCGGAGCUAUCAUCGCUGACUCUUUGGGCUGCUUCCCCGUCAUAUCUGUUUCCUCAUUUAUCUCUUUGCUGGCUGUGAUUCUGUUCACCAUAACAGCAACAUCGAGUAGCCUGAAGCCUCCACCAUGUGUGAAUAUUGGAUCAGCGGCAGCAGCAGAGAGUUGCAAAACCCCAUCAAAGCUCCAAUACGGACUGCUCUACUCAGCCAUCGCCUUGGGCGCUAUUGGGAUGGGAGGGUCUCGCUUCACCACAGCCACCAUGGGCGCCGAUCAGUUCAAUAACGCCAAGGAUCAAGGCAUUUUCUUCAACUGGUACUUCUUCAUACUGUACGUGGCGUCGGCCGCUGGCGCUACGGUCAUCGUCUAUGUUGAGGACAACGUGGGCUGGGGAUGGGGCUAUGGCAUAGCCAUCGGUGCUAACACCGUUGGCCUGCUCGCUUUCUUGAUUGGGAAACGCUACUUUCGUCACGCCAAACCCAAAGGAAGCCCAUUCACCAGCUUAGCACGCGUACUAGUCGCCACCAUUCGGAAGAGGAAGGUUGCAGUCUCAAGCCAGACCCAGGAUUACUAUUACGGACAUGGUGACCUUACAAAGCUGCCAUACCCACCUCCAACUCCAAGCUUCAAGUUCCUAAACCGUGCAGCGCUGAAAAGUGAAGAAGACAUCAGAGUAGACGGCUCAGCUGCAAAUCAAUGGAGACUGUGCACAGUGCAGGAAGUAGAGGACCUAAAAGCCCUAAUCAGAAUUUCUCCAUUGUGGUCGACAGGCAUCUUCGUAAGUGUCCCAAUAGGGAUCCUAACCAGCCUAAUCAUCCUUGAAGCUCUAAGAAUGGACCGUCACGUCGGGCCACACUUCAAAAUCCCAGCUGGUUCAUUCCUCGUCUUUCUUCUCAUCUCCACAGCCCUCUCUCUAUGCUUCAUGGAUCGCUUCUUUUAUCCAACGUGGCUCAAGUUGACACGUCGAACUAUGACACCACUUCAGCGAGUAGGAAUUGGCCACAUCCUCAACAUCACCGCCAUGGCAGCGUCAGCCAUAGUCGAGUCCAGGCGACUCCAUGUGGCCCGAUCACACCACCUUGACGACCAACCCGGAUCAAUCGUGCCCAUGUCUGCGCUGUGUUUGGUGGCACCGCUCGCCUUAGUUGGAGCCGGCGAGGCGUUCCACUUCCCAGGACAAGUAGAGCUGUAUUACCAAGAAUUUCCGGCCAGUUUGCGCAGUACGGCCACCGCCAUGGUCUCAUUGCUUGCCGCAGUUGGGUUUUAUCUGAGCACUGUAGUGAUCGAUUUGACUCGGAGAGUCACUGGGUGGUUGCCUGAUGAUAUCAAUCACGGGAGACUAGAUAAAGUUUUCUGGAUGCUGGUUGUGGUAGGAGCGAUUAACUUCGUCUAUUAUCUAAUCUGUACAAAGUUGUACAAGUAUCAGAAACGUUGAGAAGGUCGAUCGGUUUCACCGUCACUUAUUCAAGCUCAGACAACUCCACAUGAAUUUUCUUUUGCGUUUACGUACUCCUUCAUUUCCUUUAAUUUUGUGUGUUAAUUUAACCGAGUAUAUAUUUGUCUCACUGUGGGGAAUUUAUAAUGUUUGUUGUUUAAUUGAAAUAUUGAUCAUGAA